UUGAGACCUUGGCGGAAGUGAUGCAGAACACGUCUUCCAUCAGCUAAUCCACUUUGAUGAUGCGAAAUGUCUCUGAUUUCAGCCGAGGUGACGCAGUGAUGAUUUUUUGGUGAACUUUCGUCGGUUGAGUCGAGAGGUGAGAUGGAUCUGUCCAGGAGGAGUGAAAGCGACUGGCAGGGGCUGCUUAACGAGUCCCUGGUUUGUAAGCGUAAGCUGGAUAGUAAAAAAGAAGCUCUUCUGAUACUGUCUAAGGAGUUGGAUACCUGUCAGCAGGAGAGGGAUCAGUACAAACUGAUGGCCAACCAGCUCCGUGAGCGACACCAGGCGCUCAAGAAGAAGUACAGAGAACUCAUUGAUGGAGAUCUUUCUCUGCCGCCUGACAAAAGGAACCAGGUGAAUUUAGCUCAGCUGCUGAGAGACUCCAGAGAAAGGAGCAGUCAGCUUUCUGAGGAGGUCAAAGAGCUCAAGCAGCGACUGCUAGAAGCUCAGGGUGACAACAAGCUUCUGCGGAUGACCAUCACCAAGCAGAGGCUGGGGGAUGAGGAGGUGGGAGCUCGACAUUUUCCCGCACACGAGAGAGAAGAUCUGGUGAAACAGCUGGAACAAGCAAGAGAACAGAACGAGGUUCUGGUGCACAGCGUAAAGUCACUGACGGACGAGCUCCAGGAUGUCCGAGCAGAGCGGAACGUGUUUCAGCAGAAGGCUCACCGACUUAAUGUUGAAAUGAACCACAUCAUGGGGAACGACGAGAGUCGUUUCCUGGACAUAGACGCCCUCUGCAUGGAGAACAGGUACCUGCAUGAGCGGUUCAGUCAACUUCAAGAAGAGGUCAACCUGCUCAAAGCAAACUUGGUGAAGUACAAGAGUGCUUUAGAGAGCAGGAAGAACUCUAAAAUGAGCGGCAAACCCAACAGCAGCGCUCUGACUGGAGUUCUUUCUGCUAAACAAGUGAAGGAGCUGUUGCUGUCUGAGGAGAACGGCUGCAGUUUGCCAGUGACUCCUCAGUCUAUCUCGGACCUCAAGUCUCUGGCCACGGCUCUGCUGGAAACGAUCCACGAGAAGAACAUGGUCAUCCAGCACCAACGCCAAAUCAACAAGAUUCUUGGAAACCGAGUGGCAGAGCUAGAGAAGAAACUAAAAACUCUUGAGAUUUCUGGAUUGUGGAGCCUUCCAGGCCUGACUUAUAAUGUGUCUCUUGGAGUAUUUGGAAAAGGAACAGAUGCUAUCAUCCUGAACAAACAUUUACCUGAGCAAGUUCAGUCGCUUGAUCCUCCUCAACAGGAAGGUGUCAGUGUUUCUGCAAGCACCCUAAAGCAAGUAUGUGCAACUCCAGUUGGGUCAGAUCCUCAAGAAGAUGCACAACCAUCUACCAGCCUGGAAAGAUCCCAUCCGAACCUUUCAGAGCGGCUACCAGAGGAAGAGCCAGCAAGCCCUCAGGCAGAAGCAGCAAGCAGCGAAGAUUGUCGUAAACAUGACAGAUCUACAAUAGAUUGCGCUGCUUUAUUAUUGGAACAUGAGUCUCUGAGUGACUCGGGUCCUAAAGUGGCCUGUCUGAGUGAACUCCACCCAUCAUCAGAUGUCAGUCAGCGUUCAGAGAGAUAUGAACCAAUCACAAGAAAAGACGAAAAGUCAGAAGAAUGCAACAGAGGGGUGGAAGCAGUUGAUUUAGGAUCUGUUGUGAACAAUAGAAUCAAUAAUAUUGACAGGCAGCAGACGGACAUCCAGUCAGACCAGGAGGAUCAUGUAUGUAGCAGGGAUGAUGCACAGAGUCUUCCAGGUGAUGCUGGUUUGUCUCAUAGCCUUUAGGGAAAUAUCCUGUGGAUCUAAAUCAAGUUUCUUUACUUUGUCUCCUGUUCUCACGUUGGUGAGAUGUUUGGUGUGUCUCUUAUUCCCAUCUUUUGCACAUUCUGACUGCAGGACUCCUGAGCCAUACAUCUGUAUGCGAUUACUGAGCGUCCUGUUUCAUAACUGCUGCUAUAACAGCGCCCACUGCUGGCUGUAGGGAUUUUAUUCCCAUCUAUUUAUAAACAACAGUACAUUGGUAAAAGUGAGAAAACUGAUUUAUAGUUAUGCAAAACACGGAACGGAUUGUGCCAAAAGUUUUAAUCUUAGAAACAUAAUUAAAACUUAUGUUAAAACUUAAUGUUAAUCUGUGGUAUUAAAAUGAAAGGUAUAUAUUUCAGCACAAACCCACUCAUUCAGAUUUUUUUCUUAUGUUAUUGAUUUUGUGAUGGUGACCCAUUCAGGGGGGCAUAUUUUAUGUAGACACUGCUGUCUCUGAAAUGUUAUUAAAAUAGAGAGAGUGCUAGUCAAAUUUGUUAAACCCCUGGUAAAGAUAUGUUAAAAUAAAUUCACCUUUUAUUGCAGUAAUAUCUCUAAAAAUCCAAAAUAUGAGUACAUUUAUCAUGGCAUCAGUGGGGUAGUAAAAGUAAUUUUAAGAGUUUUCUGUAUAAUUAGCACUCCUGCCGUCAAUACAUUGUACAACUGCUUUUCCGCAGUAGGACACCACUUAGUCUUCUAUAACAUUUCACAAGGUUGGAGUAUGUUGAGAGUGGGUUGUUUGAUAAUUCCUCUGCACAAUUUCUCCAGAUCAGCCACAGUCCUUAGGCUGCUUUUCAGUUAAGCCCACAGCUUUUCUACUGGAUCUAUGUCAGUGGACUGGGGUGCCCAUGGAAGGUUGAUUUUGGUGGGGCGAUGCGGUGUUAAUUUGAGCAUAUGUUUUGGAUAAUUAUCUUGUUUAACGAUUCAGUGACGGCCGAUUUCCGGUUAUCUGGCGGAGAGUUUUGUGUAGAAUGGUAUGUCAGGGGUCAGGUCAUAAUGCCAUGCACUCAUAAGGUUUCCAGGAUUUUGGAAAAUCACACCCACAGCCUCACAGAGCCUACACCAUACUCAUAAAUGAUCUAAUGAGCACGAGUCUUAUUCUCAAGCUCUAGCAUGUAGUUGUAAUAGAGACUUCAUAACCCCUUAAUGGUGUUUUUUUU